AUGGGUGCGAGUCGAAAGCUUCAAGGAGAGAUAGAUCGUGUUCUCAAGAAGGUUCAGGAAGGCGUUGAAGUAUUCGACAGUAUCUGGAACAAGGUUUACGACACAGACAAUGCAAAUCAAAAGGAGAAAUUCGAGGCAGACCUCAAAAAGGAGAUUAAGAAGCUCCAGAGGUAUAGAGAUCAGAUUAAGACUUGGAUUCAAUCCAGUGAGAUCAAGGAUAAGAAGGUUAGUGCGGCAUAUGAGCAGGCUCUGGUAGAUGCUCGGAAGUUAAUUGAACGAGAAAUGGAAAGAUUUAAGAUAUGUGAGAAGGAAACUAAGACAAAAGCAUUUUCUAAAGAAGGCUUGGGUCAACAGCCGAAGACUGAUCCAAGAGAGAAGGCUAAAUCAGAGACGAGGGAUUGGUUAAACAACGUGGUUGGAGAGUUAGAAUCUCAGAUUGAUAACUUUGAAGCUGAGCUUGAAGGCCUUACAGUCAAGAAAGGAAAAAACAGGCCUCCUAGAUUGACGCAUCUGGAGACAUCAAUUACUCGGCACAAGGCUCAUAUAAAGAAAUGUGAAUUAGUUUUGAGACUUCUAGAUAAUGACGAAUUGAGUCCAGAGCAGGUUAAUGAUGUGAAGGAUUUCUUGGAUGAUUAUGUAGAGCGAAAUCAGGAGGAUUUUGACGAAUUUGAUGAUGUUGAUGAACUAUACAUUUCAUUACCUUUAGAUAAGGUUGAUACUUUAGAAGAUCUUGUUACAAUUCCCACAAGUGUUGCGGUCGCAAAGACAAUCAGUUCAUUGCCUUUAGACGAAGGGAAGAUUCUAGAAGAUCUUGUUACAAUUCCCACUGGUCUUGCAAAGGUGGCACCUGGUCUUAGCUUGAAGAGUCCCUUGGCAGUAUCGGCAUCACAGUCAGCGUCAUCACAAACAUCUGAGCAAGCUGACGAGACAGCGUCUCAAGAUAGCAAUUCUGACAUUGUGGCCAAAACUCCACCUCCUAAAAGUGGCGGAAUCAGCUCUUCUGCUUCAACACCUACCGGGAACAAUGCCGCUCCUGCUUUUGUGAAUGUUUCAGGUCAUAACUUGUCCAGUUCACCGGCUGCUGCAGUCUUUUCUGUCUCAAGUUCUGUUCGAAAUGUUUUGGAGAAUGCUAAUGUAAAUCAGUCAGCCUCUACAAAGGAAGAAGAUAUUAACAGCUUCCCUAGCCGUAGGCCAUCUCCUUCGCUUUCUGAUGCAGCUCUUGUGCGGGGCAGAAACAGCUUGUCAAAUCAAGCAACAGCCAGCAUCCCUCUUGGUUCCGGAAACAUGGUUUCUGGUAAUGGAGCCUUUGGUUCACUCCCUUCAGCAUCAGAAAUAACUAAGCGAAAUAUAUUGGCAGCUGAUGAUAGACUUGGAAGUAGUGGAAUGGUGCAACCUCUUGUAUCACCGCUAAGCAAUAGGUUGAUCUUGCCUCAGGUUGGGAAGACUAAUGAUGGAACUGCCUCUGUUGACUCUAGUACUGUUAAUGAAGCUGCAGCUGUAUCUGGGAGAGUUUUCUCCCCUUCUGUGGUUCCCGGCAUGCAAUGGAGGCCUGGAAGUCCCUUUCCGAAUCAGAAUGAUGCGGGGCAACUCCGUGGAAGAACUGAAAUAGCUCCUGAUCAAAGGGAGAAGUUUUUGCAGAAGUUUCAGCAAGUGCAACAAGGGCCCAGUACCCUUCUUAAUAUGCCUUCCCUUGUUGCAGGAAAUCAUAAGCAGUUUUCUUCCCAACAACAAAGUCCACUUUUGCAGCAGUUCAACUCUCAAGGCUCAUCCGUUUCUUCACAAUCUAGUAUGGGACUUGGAGCCCAAUCCCCGAGUCUCGGUGGUAUUUCUUCUGUCUCGCUACAGCAGCCCAACUCCUUACAUUCCCCGUCUAGUCAACAAGCAAUUCCAGGUGCUGCUAAAGAUGCAGGCAGUUCCCAACUCUCCACACCUACAUUAUUCUGCUCAGAGUUAUUAAUCCCGGAUAGCGGAGCGACCGACCCCCGGGAAUGGGAAAAGUUGGAAUAG